AAAAAUCUUUGAACACACUCAUCGUUCCCUCAUUACCAUCCCUGGAUCUGUCAACUAUUUGCAACUGUCAAAAUCACUUGUUUUGUGCGAAAAACUGUCAUCGAAAAAUAAAUAAAGACCCUAUCCAAUGGACGAUGAUGAUAACGUCCAUCGAUUAGAAGGCACUGCCCCAACCAAAGGUGGCCUCGUACUAAAAAAAGCAAAAGAUAAAGACGAACACUCCUUCAAAAUACCAAAACCAUCAAUUCUUGGAUUGGACAAAUUGGCGGCACAACGUCGCAAAGAACGCGAAGAUUCCCAACGUUUAAUAUCAUUUAAAGACAACGAUUAUGAUGACAAAGAUGGUAGUCAAACACCAGGUAGUAGUAAAGAUUUUGCUUUCAAAACUCCCGACACAAAUAGUUUUCACAAAUUGAGUCGUCAGUUGAGGGAGGCGAAAGAUGAAACUCCAUCGCAUACUGGAGGUGUGUCAGACCUAGCUCGAGAUCGUUUGAGGGAACACAUUAAACGAGAUCGCACCAAAGGAGUUUAUUAUUCAUCUAAAGACAAGGAACGUGGUAGUGAUCGGUCGCCUAGACGAAGCGGCGACCGGGAUCGAGAUCGUGACCGCGAUCGAGAUCGUCGUGAUCGUCGGCGUCAUGAUCGCGAUGGCAGACGUGACCGUGAUCGUGAAAGAAGCAGUAGAAGUCGAGAUGAAGGCUAUUCGGAUCGACACAAACGGGAACCAGAUUCUUCGCGGAGUAUCAACACGCCGCGAUUCAAAGAUGAACCACGAACACCGUCGGGAAGUUCGGUUGCCAAUAGUUCAUGGGAUGAUGACGAUGAGCGAAGUGGACAGGCAAAGAAGUCAUCUUGGGAUUUCCCAACACCAAGGUCGUAUGUUAGUGAUCGACCAGAUUGGUCAUCGCGACGCAGUAAUCGACAAGACGAAACACCGCGUCCAACUCCAGCUCACAAAUUCAAUUCGUGGGCAAAUGAUAGGAAGAAGUCUGGAGCUACUCCAGCUACUGGGCGUAGUACUCGUCAGCCAUGGGGAGACACUGAAGAAGAUCGUGAUUUGUGGGAAGAAGAGCAACGUCGUCUUGAUCGGGAAUGGUAUAAUAUCGAUGAAGGAUAUGAUGAUGAGAAUAAUCCAUUUGCUGGACCUAAUGCAGAAUAUUUUAGAAAACGUGAAGAAAUUCUUGAACAGAAGCGUACAAAACGUAUCAGCGCUCAGCAACGUCAGAUCAACAAAGACAAUGAACUGUGGGAAAGAAAUCGUAUGCUCACAUCCGGUGUAGUUAUGUCUAUCAACGUAAACGAAGAUUUCGAUGAGGAAGCCGUCGAAAGAGUCCAUUUACUGGUACAUCAUAUUGUUCCACCAUUUUUGGAUGGUCGUAUAGUGUUCACAAAACAGCCAGAGCCUGUGAUUCCUGUAAAAGAUCCAACAUCUGAUAUGGCUUUGAUAGCUCGCAAAGGUAGUGGCCUUGUUCGAGUAUAUCGUGAGCAAAAAGAACGCAAAAAAGCCCAAAAGAAACAUUGGGAACUCGGUGGAACAAAGCUAGGAAACAUUAUGGGCAUUGAAAAGAAAAACGAAGGUGAAGAUUCUAAAUUUGAUCAAGAAUCCGAUACUGCAGAUUAUAAACGUGAUCAAAAGUUUGCUGAACACAUGAAAGAUUCAGAUAGUGGCGGAAAGAGUGACUUCUCGCGUAAGAAAACCAUUUAUGAACAAAGACGCUUUUUGCCAGUGUUUGCUGUGCGGCAAGAACUCUUGAAUGUUAUUCGUGAGAAUUCGGUGGUUAUUAUUGUGGGAGAGACUGGCAGUGGUAAGACUACUCAGCUUACCCAGUAUUUACAUGAAGAUGGUUAUAGUAAUUUCGGCAUGAUUGGCUGUACUCAGCCAAGAAGAGUGGCAGCUAUGUCUGUGGCAAAGCGUGUUUCUGAUGAAAUGGGUACACGAUUAGGUGAAGAAAUUGGCUAUGCUAUUCGUUUUGAAGAUUGCACAACCGAAAAAACAGUCAUUAAAUACAUGACUGACGGUAUUUUGCUUCGAGAGAGUUUAAGAGAUCCUGAUUUGGACGGUUAUUCGGCAAUUAUAAUGGACGAGGCUCACGAAAGAUCGCUAUCGACUGAUGUACUCUUUGGACUAUUGCGUGAGAUUGUUGCCAGAAGACAUGAUCUCAAACUCAUCGUCACCUCAGCCACUAUGGAUUCGACAAAGUUUGCCACAUUCUUUGGUAAUGUCCCAACUUUCACCAUACCCGGUCGAACAUUCCCCGUCGACACGUUAUUUAGUAAAAACACAUGCGAAGAUUAUGUCGAAUCUGCCGUUAAACAGGCUCUUCAAAUUCAUUUGACACCAACCGAAGGUGAUAUGCUGAUAUUUAUGCCUGGUCAAGAAGACAUUGAAGUAACAUGCGAAGUAUUGGCCGAACGUUUAGUUGAAAUUGAUAAUGCUCCAGAACUAUCUAUACUUCCCAUAUACUCACAACUGCCAUCCGAUUUGCAAGCGAAAAUUUUCCAAAGGUCACCCGAAGGCUUACGAAAAUGUGUUGUAGCAACAAAUAUUGCUGAAACAUCACUUACCGUUGAUGGUAUUAUAUUUGUCAUCGAUUCUGGUUAUUGUAAGCUAAAGGUUUACAAUCCACGUAUUGGUAUGGAUGCCUUGCAAAUAUAUCCAAUAUCCCAAGCAAAUGCUAAUCAAAGAUCUGGUCGUGCUGGACGUACUGGACCUGGACAAGCAUUUCGAUUGUAUACUCAAAGACAAUAUAAAGAGGAGUUAUUACCUCUGACUGUACCCGAAAUACAAAGGACCAAUUUAGCUAAUACUGUGCUUUUAUUGAAAUCACUUGGUGUGGUUGAUUUAUUACAAUUUCAUUUUAUGGAUCCACCACCACAAGAUAAUAUUUUGAACUCAUUGUAUCAAUUGUGGAUUUUGGGAGCUCUGGAUCAUACGGGAGCUUUGACACCACUUGGUAGACAAAUGGCUGAGUUUCCAUUGGAUCCACCUCAGUGUCAAAUGCUAAUUGUAUCCUGCCAAAUGGAAUGCAGUGCUGAAGUUUUAAUAAUAGUCUCGAUGUUAUCUGUUCCAUCUAUAUUCUAUCGACCUAAGGGAAGAGAAGAAGAAGCUGAUGGUGUGAGGGAAAAAUUCCAAGUUCCAGAAUCCGACCAUCUAACAUACCUAAAUGUUUAUUUACAAUGGAAACAAAAUAAUUACAAUGCAAACUGGUGCAAUGAGCAUUUUAUUCACGUCAAGGCAAUGCGUAAAGUUCGUGAAGUUCGGCAGCAAUUGAAAGACAUUCUCGUUCAGCAAAAACUCAACGUAAAAUCAUGUGGUUCUGAUUGGGAUAUUGUAAGGAAAUGCAUUUGUUCAGCUUAUUUUUAUCAAGCUGCACGACUUAAAGGUAUUGGAGAGUAUGUCAAUCUGAGAACCGGAAUGCCAUGUCAUCUUCAUCCAACGUCAGCUCUUUAUGGACUUGGUACAACUCCUGAUUAUGUUGUUUACCAUGAACUCGUAAUGACUGCCAAAGAAUAUAUGCAAUGUGCGACGGCUGUCGAUGGCUAUUGGCUAGCUGAAUUAGGUCCUAUGUUCUUUUCGGUUAAAGAAACUGGUCGUAGUGGACGUGAGAAGAAGAAACAAGCUGCCGAACAUCUUAAAGAAAUGGAAACACAAAUGCAAAUGGCUCAGGAACAAAUGGAAGAGCAGAAAAUUCAAGCUGCCCAACGAGAGGAGGCGCUCAUACCGAAACAGGAGAUUGUUACUCCGGGACAGACACCACGGCGAACACCGUCACGUAUUGGUUUAUAAAUAUUUUUUUUUUUUUGUUUUUAUUUUUUUUGUUCAAAGAAUUGAUUUUUAGAAAAAUAAGAAUAAACGUAUGAACUGUUGUUAUACGAAAAAAAUAUUUUUUUGUUGAAAAUAAAAAUAAUUUUCCGAAUUUUUUGAAUGUUUGAA